GCUCCUGGUUGCUUAGGAGAUAAGAGACUCUGAAUCUUGGUCUGUGUCCGUGCAGGGAGCAGGAUAGUGCAGAGGGAAAUCCUAUGAAAUCUGUACCAGGAGGGCCACCAUGGAGAGCUCUGACAGUUCCUGUCGGGACUGGUGCAGCGGUAGGCAAUACAGGUUUGAACUUGGACCCACGGACUUGACAGAGCGCAAGGGCUCCCUAACCCUCCGCUCCCAUCACAAGAAAUACUCGAAGCCAGUGUUGGUGUAUUCCUGGAACCAUGACAGAGAAGCUUAUCCCAAAGACUAUGAUAUAGAGGGUCCUGAAGAAGUAAAAAAACUGUGUAAUUCAACAUAUUGUCGACUUGGAACCCAUGAACCCACAGUUUGGAAAUCAGAAACACACGAAAAAAUGGCACAAGUUUAUUUAAACACAGAAUUUACUGAAAUAAAGAGCAAGGCUUUACUGAACGAGGAAACAAUAAGCUCUGGGAUUAUCGAAAGGGACACUGGAUUGCCUGCGACAGGUUUUGGAGCUCUCUUUACUAAACACCCACCGGAUUGGCGCAAAAUGUAUACAUUGACAACAUAUGCAGAAGAAUAUGCUCCACCAUAUCAAUAUCAACCAUUUGAGAUGUCGAGAAGUAAUUUGAAAAGAGAAGCUGCCACUGAGAACUUCUAACUAAGCCUUGGAACACAGAUGCAGAAAGAAAUACACAGCACAGAGAGGUAAGGCAGUUAGCUAGAAACACUUCCUUCUGGGGUUUUUCGUUUGCUUAGGAUGAGUAGGAGAAUUUCCAAUUCCAAAACAAAGAGAGAGUAUUUGUGUCUCUUUUUUUAAAAGUAGCUAUUGAAAAAUUCCAAAAGAAUAGAAACCGCUACAUCGUUUCAUAAUUAUCAGAAAUCCCUCUAACCUGACACACUCUUCUGUUCCCUCUCCAUCUUGUCCCAGGAAUCUUGUAAAAAAAUAUGAUGAUGAGCUUCCUGACAAAGGGGCCUAGAGAUGUGACUUAUUCAAGGACGUGAAAUAAUGAGAAUCAGAGCUGGGAUCAAAAACUGGGAAGGGAGUUCCCUUCAUGGCUCAGUGGUUAACGAAUCUGACUAGGAACCAUGAGGUUGCAGGUUCGAUCCCUG